AUGCCCCAGCAUACGGAUCUGAAUAAAGAGGGCGCUAGGCAGCCUCGUUACCUUCAGUUGCUGACUUUAUUGGCAUUCCACACCUUCAUCAGCGAAGAGGUCGAUGCGGCGAUAUUCGAGGUCCAUAAUGGUGGAGAGUAUGACGCAACAAACGCUAUAGAGAAACCAGUUGUAACCGGUAUGACAUCUCUCGGAAUGGACCAUGUUGCCCGACUUGGACCUAUUAUUGAGACGAUCGCUUGGCUUAAAGCCGGAAUCUUAAAACCGGGCGCACCCGCGUUCUCAGCAACACAGGAACCUGGUCCCGCGGAAGUUAUGCGCAAGCGCGCUCUUGAUAAAGACACUAGCUUGACGUUUGUGUCAACUAAUGACUGCCUUCCCACUCAUGGUAGAGUGCUCAGUGUUCCCGUGCAGCGAUUGAACUGUUCCUUAGCAGCACUUGAGCUCAUUAAAGCAUUUCUCGCUGAAGAUAUCCAUUGUGGCGUGGAAAAUUUCUCAUUGAUUGGGAGAUUCGAGAUUAUAGAUGAAGGGAAAUUACAAUGGUUUGUGGAUGGGGCGCAUAACACUCUGAGUUUAAAAAAAGCUGCAGAAUGGUUUGCGGAGAACACCAGCACCCCUAAUGAGCAUAAGAGGCGUGCCCUUAUUUUUAGUCAAUUAUCAUCAGAGCGAGAUGGGGUGUCACUCUUACGCUUUUUAGCGCAAGCACUCUUCAGAAACAACGUGAAACCGGACCACAUCAUUUUCACUACAUAUCAGGAGAAAGGGGAUAAGUCUAUUGGUAAACCAAGCAUUGAAGCUCCUGAGACCUCAUUCCAUGAACUUUGCGCUAUGUACUGCUCGGUGUGGAAGGAACUCGAUCCGCAGGCUACGGUCACGAGUGAUCCAACGAUUGAGAGAGCGGUAAAGCUCGCGAGACAAAUAGGUGAUCGUGAGGACGGAAUGCAAGCACUUGUUACGGGAAGCUUACACAUGGUCGGUGGAGCACUUAGGUUUCUGCACCCAUGGCUGCGUCCAGAUAGAUCAGCGUGCUGGUUUGAGACCAUGGCGAAACAGUGA